AUGAGAAUUUUGAACGUUGCAUUGAGCCUUGCUGCAGUUGCCGCCGUACACGCCAAUGAAAACCAGGCUUUGGAGGGAGAAAAUGCGGACACAGUUAUUUAUGAUACAAUUGUUACCCAAACUGUCAUUCAAGAGGCACCAGUGGUCGAAAAUCAUGCACAGUUAAACUUAGUUGCCACUAAAUUUGUCACAGUGACAGUGCCCGCAGUUGCGCCAGCGCCAGCUCCUGUGGAAACUAACGCAGUAGAAACUAACGUAAUCGAAAACAGUCAAGUACAAGACAAUCAAAGAAAGGAAAGCCAUGCUACAGGUGUUAAAAAUGACGGAUAUUGGGCUGUUCCUCCUAGUUUAACUCUUGUGCAAACCAAUGAAGCUGGUCAACCCUACACUGAGUUCUUCUGGUGGAUUCCUCCUCACUUACAAACUCAUUUGGCUACGCCACAGCCUUCGCCUACCAACCAGCAUUCACAAUUAUCAAAGACUCCAGAGUCAACCAUGUCACACGAGUCUGACAGACAAAAAGUUACACAUUCUGCAGAAACCACGCGUUCCACCGAUGACCGUGACAAGAGUAACUCUGCAAGAAAAACCAGCUCCAUUACGACUUCUUCAGAUGAAAGCGUCUCCAGAAGCAGACACGCAAAGACUAUAACAAGAGAGAGCACUACAGAGACGAUUUCAGACGAUGACCUAAAAUCUUUUGUUACUUCUUCCAGCAGACUUUUGACAUUUGCCGCUAACAUCGCCUCAGAGGCUAUUAACAACGCUAACAACAACCAUCCAGGCGUUAUGUUGUCGCCUAUUGCAGGAUUAGUGGCUGCAGUCCUACUGGCGCUUUAA